UACAGCAGUAAUACAGAUCACAGUUUGAAAUAAUAAUGCGUCGUCUGAAAGCUAAUUCUCGCAGCAUUGGAAAUGAGUCAUUUACUAAAAUGACUUGUCUUUCCUUUCUCUAUUCAAAGUGUGAUAACAGUGAUGACAACUAACACAUGUGACAUCUCUGAAGCCCGAGAGCUGAUGUUUUCCAUGGUUUAAUUUCUACUGGAUGAUCAUCACUUUCAAAAAUCUAGAAGUGAGCAUCAGCAGAGGGAUCAGCUGAAUGACAAUGGAAACCAACACCCUCAUGAUCAUGAAUGUAACAAACAACGCUUCCGACUGCAUCCUUACAGCCAACCGGUUGGAAAAGGUGACUCUUCCAAUCUUGUACUCAGUCAUUAUUUGUAUUGGGCUGCCUGCCAACUUCAUUGCCUUAUGGAUGCUUUUGCAACACAACAGGAAACACGGCAUCCUCAUUUACUUGAUGAACCUUGCCAUGGCUGAUCUGAUCGGUUGCUUCACACUUCCCUUCAGAGCCACAUUGCUUUUCAUGGGAGACACCUGGAAGGAGAAUUCACCUACGUGCACCAUUGUAAUGAUUAUCAUUAACUUCAGUUUCUACUAUACUGUGAGCUGCAGCACAAUUUUCCUUGCAUUUAUCAGCAUCAGCCGAUAUGCCAUGAUUGUAAAGCCCAACAACAUGCAGCUGAAUAAGUUCUAUAAUACAAGUUUUGCACGGAAUGCCUGUACCAUCACCUGGAUAUUGGCAACAAUCCCCAUUCUUUCACUGAAUAUAAACUAUUUCAUCAAGGAAUUGGACUUUACCAAUGAUCAGGAUUCUGUGUGUUAUAACAUCCAGUUGCAAUAUGGCAAAAGAGUAUCUGCCAAUGCGUUUGUUGCAGUCGCUGUAAUUUUUUUGAUUAUUUUAGCCAUGUUUGCAUUUUCUUAUGCAUCAAUAGCACUGCACCUGUGCAUGGUGAGGAGAAAAAGCAUAAGUCAACACAAUCGAGUGAUCCAUGUGCGAGCACAGAUGAUCAUCAUCGCUGCAAUGACUGGAUUCAUUGUCUGCCAUUUGCCUUAUCACGUUUAUCAGAUUGUCACUGGGCUGCAGAGAUUGAAGAACAGCAGCUGCGAGCACCUCCUGGGGACGCAUCAUGUGAAACUGAUAACACUAUGGCUUGUUUCAUUGAGCAGCUGCCUGAAUCCUAUUCUGUACUUCCUACUGUCAAAAUCCUUCGUGGAAAACCGAUCAAAGAGAAAGUCAUCUGACAUGUGAUAUCAUCUUUGGAAUCACAGGCCCACAGAAACAAACCAAAGCCUUCAGUAGUUUGACAGCGAGGCUCACUGGUGUUUCCAGAAAUGUGCUUAUGAAUUUACUAUUUUUUUAAAGUAGUAAAGAGUCGUUGUUGGAAAGCACCAACUGUUUUCAGCAUGAUCUGACUAUUGGCACAUCACUAUCACCGUGUCGUCAUUCAGAUGAAGAACUUGUACUGAGGCAAAAAUCGUGAACAAACAAGUAAGGCAGCUAUAUGAGGACACAAAAAAGGAACUGCCUCCCCGAUAAACAAUUAGCUGGUGGUUAGAAUAUGAACAAAGACUUUGCAGUAAGUGGACUCUUCCACAAAAAAAUCCCGAGAAUUCCUCCAAAGUCAAUGCAAAAUUAAACCCCCAGAACAGGGGUAAACUGAGUAGCUUGGAGCAUUUAAAAAAAACUCACCAAGAAACAAAUGGCUCAAGAUUAAAAACAUCACCAAUUAAUUUGUUAUUCCAACAGAAAUAUUCAGGCAAUUAAGAUGGAACAUUAGUUUCCUUUCACCAGUUUUCACCAAUCUGUCACAAUCAAAGAGAUGUACAGCAUGGAAACAGACCCUUCGAUCCAACUCAUCCAUGCUGACCAGAUAUUCUCAACUAAUC